AAGUCAGAACUAAUGGGUCGAGUCGACAAAAGUCAAAUUACACUUCAUUCAGGUUUGUUUUUCUAUAUUAAUUUUGUGAAAUGCAGAAGCCGAUUAAUAAGAUGCGAUACUAUCUCAAGGAUGAGGUGGUCUCGCACAACAAAAAGGACGACUGCUGGGUGAUUAUACACUCGAAUGUCUUCGAUCUAACGCCCAUGCUGAGGGAUCGCUUGGAUCACUGGAAUCGAACCCUCGACUAUUUAAUAGCCCAUGCUGGGAAGGACCUUACCCAUUUCUUUCACGAGAAUGGAGAGCCUCGCACGGAAAUCUCACCCAGCACUGGACGACCACGUGUCCUCUUUCCGCCCAUUUUGGAGGUAGCCAUUUCGGAGUUCUCCAAAACACCGGGUGCCAUGUGGAGCCAGGAUCCCUUCUAUCACAUUGGCAGGGUCACAAAACGUCCACGAAUUAUAAGGAUUAUUAACACUCUGACCGCGCAGACGCAGUUUAUGACCGUUUGCAAUGAGGACAGCAUCUUCGAUAUUCAGCAGAAGUACAAACAGCGGUACAAUCACCAUGCCGGCAGUUAUGAGUGGCGAAAAUUCUCGAUUGGGGACAAGUCCUGCAGUGUGCUGGACCUGAAUGGCACCCUGGACGAGAAUGGACUUAUGGAUGACGAGGAUAGCACCGUGGAACUACCGCCGCCUUCCAUUUGGCUGUACUACACGGAUGAUAUUACAAUUGCCUAAUUCUGGUUAAGUUUAAUGGUUAUUGGAAAUUUGUUGUACUCUUUGGCUGCAAGUAAAGCUCAUUUCAAGCAA